CUCGGAUUCUCUGCAGCGCGUUGCCGUUGUCUGAAACGAUGCGGUCAUGCCAGCAGCACAAACGUAUUACUAGCAAUGCCAUUACUAUUCAGGUUAUCCCUUUUUGCUGCUGAGUCCAUCAAUGUUGCGCGGGCAGCGCUACCGGUACCUUUUUGCAGAUCCCAUGCCAGCCGUCACCCCUCCAACCUGUACACUUUCUGUGCAAGUAUGCAGUACCUGCUCGUUGGCCAGACACGAGAAACGCAAAGAUGGGGGUUAAAGGGGGGGGGGCCGCCACUCACUGCCUUGCGGAGAUGACCAUGGACAAGUUGCGAAGUACAUUAUACGGAGUACAGCAUUAUCGCAUCUGAAGGUUCUCGUGCCGGAUCUC